CCAUCUACAUCCAUAUCUUUACUGAAUGAGUUGUCAGUGACGUUUUCGGGGGUCUUAUAUCUGUUGAGUCUAUGUAGGCAGACACUGAUUACAUUUGUGUAAGCUAAUGUGCAACUUUGGUCCUCAUGUGUCGGCAGCUAGUUCUAGUUACAGAGUCUGUAUUUUGAUGUACUUAACUUUUCUUUUACUACCACAUGUGAUUGAUUUUAUUACAUUAUGAUAUUCAUUUUGGUUACUUAUGAUAUGCUUGUGUUGGGAGCUCGUACUUAACCUGCUGAAACGCCCAUUUGUAUUUUAUGGUUUUCAAUUUGCUAAUAGAUUAAGGGGUUUGGAGUAACAUGUGGCCUCUCGUAAGUUUGAGUGAACUUCGUUCUUCCCACAUCAAUUUUGAUGUCUAACACAUUUAACGCACCGAUUCAUCAAAUGUUCCAUCAUUUUUGCAGAAAGCGAUUUCAGAAGAACCGAGGCCAUCAAAGAUUGAAGGUGAUACUCUUGCGUUCAUGUUUGAAUCGUGCUUGAUACCUCAAGUGACGUUUCGAGGAACAGACUGUCGAGAGCUGGGAGAAACAUGAUGUUGGGACAGACAGAUGUUGGCGCGGAGGAAGGUGCCGAUGUGGAGAAUUAGGCUUCACAUCUUUAUUACAGAUUGGACUCAAGCCCAAUUGUUGAGGUUGAAGACUUUGGGAGCAGACUUUUUUCAUGGCUGGAGUACAACGUGUGACUGGAGUUGCCCAAAUGAGUGCGAUGAGAGAGAAAGUUUUCAGCAAAGGAAACAGGUGAAACCAGAUGCAUUGGAUGUGAUCAUGGACAAAAGCGGCGGGCCCAAAUAUAAAGAGAACUCGAAGAUCGAGUUGACUAGGGAGUAAUAGGAUUUUCAAGGGUGCGGUUAGCAUUAUCCAAAACCUCCUGCGCCCCAAUAAUUCUUAUAAGCUCUAUAAAAUUUGAGCUGAUGAUCAUUUAGAAUUUUAUAUCUGAGUCUUAUAUCAAACUGAUCCUAUGUAUAUGACUAACUUUCUUUUGUCCCCCGGAUUUAACAAAUAAAUACGUAAUGGCAUAUGCUAUCAUGUCAUAUGUUAUUAUAGAAACAAGUAUCAAUCUCCCAUAAUAGUUAUCCCAUAACCAUUCCUUCAGCGGGAGAGGGAAUGAUACAACGAUCUAGCUUUGCAUAAGGACAAAAAAGCGGAAUCCGUGUUUACCCUGUGAUCCGUUAAAUAGAAAACUAUGCUUGCCGUGACGACCCACGGGCUUUAAAAUAGGGGUGUUAUGGGGGACAGUAGAUUAGAUUAGGCAAAAGAACAAAAGUGGGUAACCAGAUGAAAAAGCACAAAUCAUAUAGUAAACUACUAUGUUUUACUAUUGUUUCAAAUGAAAUUAGAAACUUCCAGCGAG